AAGCAGUUGAGAUUUCCGUGGAAACCAGUUCAGGUUGACGCGUUCUGGCCGCAAGCCGUUUACGAAAGCCAAACUUACACAAAAGAUUGCCUGCUGGCCAGUGUUGCUGAUUCGGUGAGUGCCUCCGCCACAUCCCUCCUGAAUAGUUAUAGAGAUCUUACUGUCUUCCAGAGGGCGCCCCUCUGCAGCCUGGGGGCCAGCGUCCUGCUCCCCCCGAGGGCUGAGGCGCCCCUGACCUCGGCUCUGGGCUCACCUCUGGCUGCGACCUCCUUCAGCCACCCCUCCGCCGCCGCCGCCGCCGCCGCCGCCGCCCCCGCCUUACCCGGGACGCUCCCCGCCGAGCCGGCCCUUCAGUGCGCGGUGUGCGAGCGGCUGUUCAGCGGGCCCAAGAGGCGCUUCCUGCUGGAGAGGCACGCCAGGACGCACACGGGCGAGCGCCCCUUCCGCUGCCCCUUCUGCCCGCUGCGCUUCAGUCAGAGCGGCAACCUGGCCCGUCACGCGCGCCGCGUCCACCACCAGCCAGCCGCGUGAGCCGGGACGCCAGCCUCAAGGGACGCCAGCCUCAAGGGACGCCAGCCUCAAGGGACGCCAGCCUCAAGGGACGCAGAACUAAGACAUUCCAAAGGACAUCGUGCACUCCUGGCACACGCCGCGAGUCGGCCGAGCGGCGACUCGCGGCUGCCAGGAGAGCGGCGGCCUCUCGCGCAGGAGAGGGGGGGGGGGCGAGGCCUAAUCACACGAAUUGGACUUUCGCCGGAGGGAUUGGCGGAACGCUCUGCAACACGUGCGUCAGCCAUAAAAGAGCACUGUAAAAAAAAUCAUUCAAUCUGACUUGUCGGUCGCAACGAAAGGUUAACAAAAGUUUUAUUUUGUUUUAACGAUUAGUUUUAAAGUUGGUCGUAAAUGAAUUGAUCUAAUCCGCUAAUGAAAAGAAUGGACGAGUUAUUUUGAUCAAGAGAAGGUAAUCUCCGACGAAAGUGAAGCAAGUGAAGCUCGGAGAAAACCACGCCGCCAGGUCUCGGUCCGCGACGAGGGACGAGGCGGGCGCAUCGUGCUGUAGUGUAACUACUCUAAAGGUAGCUGUAUUGUUCUGUGCCAUUGUACAAGUAUUUUAGUGCGCUGACCCCAGUGCGAUAAUGUGAUGUCAUAUGUUAUAUCAUGAUAAAAAUAAAGAAAUUACAGGUAAAGUGAA